UAGUUUUCUAAGAUGUUUAUUUAUGUAAAUGCUGUGUGCGCACUGCGGGUGCUGCCCCUUUAAAUCCGUUGAAGUGACGUGAGUUACCAUGGAAACGAGGCUACUAGGAACAACAGAAAGCGGCAAAGCUCCGCGUUUCUUAUGAUUUUCUUCACCUUUUCAGGUAAAUUUCGUCCCUCAAAUUACAAAAUUAAUAAUAAUAAUACACACAACUGUGGAUGACACCUAAUUGAUACGCUUUUGUUGAAUAUUUACCUAAUUGAAAUGGCUUGUGUCUUGGAGAAAAGUCCGUUAGCAUCGCAUGGCGCUAACGCUUAGCGCUUGUUUAUGAGCGAAAGGUUGGGCGAUUGAGAACAUCUAAACGUGUCUUUGGGAGGUUUUAAAAGUGUUGUAAGGGUGUCAAUGCAUUAUUGGAAGUAGGUUAAUUUGUUUAUCCUAAAAAUAUGCGAUGUUCUCACACAGUCUAUGGAUGUACUGUUACGUUAGACAGUAACUUAACAUGGGACGUCAAAAUUAGCUGAAAGUAUUACAAUCAAUGUUGUAUCGUAAACCAAUAUUGAUAAAAGUUGUUCUCUGAAUUCAGGAGUGACAAAAUAACCCCUCUAUAAUAAAAAAGAAGCUCAAGAUUUCAGCAUUUUCGAAGGGAGCUGCUGACAGAGAUGUUGAAAUCUCAGAUUUGUCCAUGCUGAUGGCCAUGCAGCAGAGUUCAAGCAAACCUGUCAGAAAGCAUCUCUAAGGGGCUAUGUGUGAACCAUAUGGCUAGUAAGUAAGACCUCAAACUUAAACACUACUGUUCAAAAGGCUGUGAUUUAUUUAUUUGACAAAAAUACAGUGAAAACAGAAAUGUUGUGAAAUUAUCACAAUUUAGAUGAGCUGUUUUCUUUGUGAAUAUGCAGUUAAGUGUAAUUUCUGUGAUGCAAAACAGAAUCUUUACUCUCACUUAUAACAAACAGAAGUCCAACUUAUCAUUUUAAGGUAACACUAAAAUAACACUAAAAUAUUUCUUAACACAACAAUCAACUUUGAUAAUAAUUGGAAAUGUUUCUUGAGCAGCAAAUCAGCGUAUUAGAAUGAACUUUGAUUGAUUAUGAGACACUGAAGACUGGAAUAAUGAUGAUGAAAAUUCAACAUUAAUCACAACUAUAAAUAAAUUACAACUUACAAUAUAUUCAUAUAAUAAAAGACGUAAAAAAAUCUGAACCUAAACCUUUGAAUGGUAUUGUAAAUUAUAGUUAUGAUGGCUUGUUCCUCCAACUUAAAGGCGCAAAAGAGGAUGUUUCCGCCGACUGAGAAUCCAAAGACCAUUACUGAGUUUUUUAAAUAAGCGCAUGUGUAAGAACAGCCUCCCUCCUUCACAGCUGAUUUCUAGGGAACGCCUUCCAAAACUCGUGCACGAGUAUUUGAACACGAGUGUUUGUUUACCACUGGCAUAUGCUGUGUCGCGUCAGUGGAUUCAUUAUGUGAAAUGAUAUGAUAAUAAACACAUAAGAUGUAAAAUUAGAUCAGUCGACGCUACUCCCAUUUCAACUAGCAUGUAGCAGACUGGUCACUUACAACUACAGUACAAGAACAACGUCGAUAUACCUGAAUAACAGUACAACAAUAAUUAUUCCACAAAGAAAGAAUAAUCACUGUUACCUGUCGAAGAGAAUUUUUGCGAUAUGUGCGUCUGUCUUGAUACCUCUCUGUUCCUUCAUUGCUCUCUCUAACGUUGAAAUGUUUCUCCAAUAACGACUCUGGUUUGUUUACGUUAUUCUGACAACUUUCUCCUCUUCUCAGCGACUUAAAAACUCUUUCUUUUAUGUCCUCCUUCGGCAAAUUCGAGGAGGAAAGCAGGAGCAACCAUGAAAACAAACCGAAACUAAAGACGGAGUUUCAUGCGCAUGCGUCACUCGUGUAAAGUUACUGGAGCUUGCACGUUUCUCACAAGGAACGUAAUGGCAGUGAUUGACAAGCCAAAGGGCCAAUCGUUGAUGUGAUGAUUGCAUCAACGAUUGGCUGAUGUUUUUAAGGCCCUACCAUAUGCACAGAUGACAUAUAUUAAUUUUAUUACUUUCAGUGCACCUAAUAAAUAGCCUUUUAGUAAAGACAUUUUUAAGUAAUAUUGCAAAAAUGUAUUAAACAAACAUCCUCUUUUCCACCUUUAAUGAUACUAUUGCAUAUGCAGUUUGUUCCAUAUAGACUGUCUCGGUUCCCCAAAUGAUGAGGCCAAAUUUACUAAGGGAUCCAGAAAAAUCAGAUUGUGAUUUGAACCAGAUAAUUGCUUAAUAAGGUCACAAAAUUCUUGGUAGUACCCAGGAUGUCAAAGUCCACAAAAGGAGGCAGAGCUUUUUCACCUUUUACUCCCAAACUCUUCCAGUGUAAAUCUAGAAAAAGUCCUACCUUUUUAGCCAAGCAUUCACAUAACACUUUUUAUAACCUUGUCCUUAAGUAAUGAAAAGUAUUAAACAAGUGCACAUGAUCAUCUUUUGCUUGAAAUAAUAUGAACAGCAGCUAUGGUUAUCCUUUUGCUUUCCUGUUUUUAUCCAUCAGGAUACCCAUACAGGUUACAGAAGCUCCAGUAUGGAUCCAGCCUCACUUGUAAAGACUUCAGAUGACGCCUACACUCUCAGAGACUUCACUGAAUUUUCUUAAGAUAGACACUAGUAACAAUUUUUUCUAAGGCAUGUUUAUUAAAUAUAUUUAAACAUCUUAAUUUAAGGCAUAGUCUAGCUUUAGCUUAGCCUUGUGUGUUAUAAAUACGUAUUUUUACAACGUUGCAAAAACGUUUAGAUUACGUUAUCAAAACGUUUUUGCAACAUUGUGAAAAUACGUAUUUAUAACGUUCAAAAAACCCGACAUUUGGUCAUAUUAAGUACGUCGGAAAAUAACGUUAUCACAAUUUUUUCACAACGUGAAAAAAGUUUUUAUAACGUUUUUGUGUUUGCUGGGAUGGUACAGUGCUUUAUAUAGAUUAAUGGUAUAUGGUACAGUCUUCCUUGCUUAAAGGUAAAUAUAACAGUGAAUGAAGAUAAUUCUUAAACUGUGUUUAGAUGUAGUUUAAUAUAGUUUAGAGUAUCAGUGAAGCAAGUUUGAGAGAUUUCUACAUAAAAUCUAUAAUGUAAAAAAUAUAAUCUUGAUAUCUUUAAUAAGGUAACAUUUUUAAAUAAGGUCUAUCUCUAUUUACAGUUGUAUUAUGCCACAUUUAACCUCCUAAGACCUGGAUGUCACAUAUGUGGACAUCAAUGUUUUUGUUGUUUGCACCAUAAUACUUAAUUCUGUGUAACUGGAACCUGUUAUACACAAACAUGGACAAAUACACUGCUUCAUGUUCAAAGAAAAAUAUUUGGUUAUUAUAUUUAUUGGUUCCCAAAAAUAGCUGGUGGAAAUCUGAUGAAAAAAAGACAAAUCAAAGCUCAGGUUCAGGAGGUUAAUUUAGGCUUUAUGAUAUCUAACCAAAGAUAGGAGAUUGUUGCAUAAAAUUGGUUUGGGGCAGACAAAAUAAUUUUGGUAGUGGAAACAUUUUUUAAGAUCUUUUCCUCUCAUCUCAUACAGUAUUUUUGUCAACCACCAUGACCCUUUAGUGUCUGUGGUGGUUCUUCAUGUCAAAUGUCCUUUAAUGUGUUAGGAAAUUAAUAUUAAGUAGUGUUUAGUGAAUUUAACCCUGCAGUAAACCCAGCAAUAUUUAACUCUGUUGAUGCUUUAACUGCUGUAAGGGAUGAGGGAUUAUUAUCUAACUUAAUGUCUGUUUUUGACUGACUGCCUGUGUUUAAAUAUUUGAUAUGUGUGAAGGAUUUUGAACAAUGAAAAAAACGUUCGUAUGUAUCAUGCAUAUAUGACCUUUGAUGCUUUUUGAUGAUUUAAAUAAAAUCUCCAUACAAUCUGAGCUUGUCUGUGUUUUACUCUCGACUAAUACUCUCUUCUUUUAACAUUACUGGUAAUUGACAUAGCGCCAUCUAGUGGUUGAAUAUGAAUAACACAAUAGGUCUAAAUAUAUGAAUACAAAAUAGCAUCUAUACAUACUGUAAAAUACAUUUUAAAAAGUAGUAAUAAGCUAAAUAAGACAUGUUAAAGAGUUUUGAUAUGAUAUUCAUAUAUAUCUACAAUAAAAAGUCCAAAAGUUGUUAAUAGUUUUAAUUUAAUAUCACAGGGGACAUAAAAAAAAUCAAUAAAAAAAACUCAUCAGAGUUGAGCAGUAAUCACAGAACAAUCACUGAACUCAAUGACAUCUAUAUAGAACGCGCCGUUGUCAAGGAACCAUUAUGACAUCACAUAACAUUAUGACAUCACAUAAUGGUUAUAAAAGGGCUCAGCCAGAUGAGACCGGUAUCAUUUGACUGAUCUGAACGCUUGCCUUUGGUUGACUCCGAACGCUACUGUACAGAUUACCAAGUGAAUUUGCAGACUUUGCAUAAGUUCGCAACUUUAAACUGCUCGACGCACUGUGUACGGACAGACAGUUUACUUAGAGUUCAACCCUCUGUAAACCGAGUCUAAGCACAGUUAAGUCUGCAGUUAUCUUUUCACAUCAUGUUUCGUCCUGUAACACCAUUGUCCGACAAGGACAUGGAAGGAACAGAUGUCGAGAAUAUGGAUUUUAUUCUGCCGAAUGCUGUGCUGAACUUUGACUAUGUCCUUGAUAUCGGACUUUCGUCACAAGUCGGGCGCGCUGCCGGUGGUUUAAAUCCAUUUGAAGGAGAAGAGGAGGAGGAGGAGAUGGUGGAUGUUUAUCCAACACAUGAGGCGAAACGCCAAAGAGUGUUUGGAGGAGAAAUGGAUUCAUUCCUACCGAAUGCUGUGUUGACCUGUGACUUUGUCUCUGAAAUCGGACUUUCGUCAGAGGUCGGAUGCGCUGCCGGGGGUUUGAAUCCAAGUGGAGGAGGAAAGGAGAAAAUCCCAACAAUGUUGGGAUGGAGAUGUGAUGAUGGAGGAAUGGAUUUUGUCCUUCCUAGUGCUGUCCCUGACAUUGUCGCGAACAACGGACAUUUGUUAGACAGACGCGCCGGGAGUUCACAUCCACGAGGAGGAGUAAAGGAGUUUACUCCUGCAUUUGAGGAGGCGAACAGCCCCACAGAAAAAUGCAAGAAUAAAAUAUUGAAAUCAUUAAUGAAGGGAUGGAAUAAAGUAAAGCAGCCAUUCCUUCAUAAUGAUAAAGUGGAAACACUGAUUCCUUCAGAGCUUAAUGCGGAUUCAGCUAAUCCUAAUCUAAAGGAUGAUGCUGGUCUGGCCAGCUCUGAAUUAAACAAUAAGAUAAAACCGGAAAAACAACGAAUGGCAUUCUUUGACUGUCUCUGGAGGGGCAAGGGGGAGUCAGUGCCGACUCCCCUGCUUAAAGCAGAUCCAGCUAUCCCUGAUGUUAGGGAAGUUGUUGAUCUUGCAUCACAGUCAAAGACCUACGUUGGUCCGAAGAAACAGAAACAAAAGGCUUUAAAGAGCCGCAAAUCUAACCUCCAGGGAGAAAAAGUGACUGUUGUGCCAACUCAACAGCCCAAGGCUAUUUCAGAUAUUCCUGUUGGCAUGGAUGUUCCUGCUCUGGCCGGCCCCCAAUCAAAACCAAAGAUUCGUCCGGAUAAACGCAAGACACUGAAGCAAUGCAUCUUUGGAUGCACCCGGAGGGGCAAAGUGGAGUCAAUGCCGACUUCACAGAUUGAGGCCGAUCCAGCUAUCCCUGAUGCCAGGGAAGUUGUUGAUCUGGCAGAUUCUCAAUCGAAUAGUGUUGGCUUAAAGAAACAAAAACAAAAGGCUUCAAAGAGCCGCUCAUUUCACAACCCUUGGGGAAAAAAAGGGAAGAGUAAAGUGAAAAAAGAUGCCGAUCCAGCCAUUCCUGAUGCCAUGGAAGGUGCGGAUCUGGCCAGUUUUGCUGGCAUCGCUGUAGCUAAUGCCAGGCUACAGAUGUUAGGUGCCAUUCCAGAGAAUAUUGGGUUAAAAGGAGGUGGAAAUCCUGCCCCAAAUAAAGCAAAAAAUCCUGAGUCAAGAGAUGUUGGAAAUCCUGAGGCAAAAGCUUUUGAAAAUCCCAGAGAUCCCUCGCCAGAAGAUAAAAAAGUUGUCAGGCCAAAAGCUUUUGAAAAUCCCAGAGAUCCGUCGCCAGAAGAUGAAAAAGUUGUGAGGCCAAAAGCUUUUGAAAAUCCCAGAGAUCCCUCGCCAGAAGAUGAAAAAGUUGUCAGGCCAAAAGCUUUUGAAAAUCCCAGAGAUCCCUCGCCAGAAGAUGAUAAAGAUGUCAGGCCAAAAGUUAUAAAUGUUGUUCAACAAGCUUUUGAAUCUCCAAGCGAGAAGAAACCAGCUGAUCCCUCAGUGCCUAAAGAGCCUUUUGAUUCUAAAUAUGAACUCUUGGAGGAUGAAUUGCUUGGGCAAGGUUACUGUGGCAAAGUGUACAAAGGGUUCCUUAUAUCGGAUGGCACUCCGGUUGCCAUCAAGCGAAUAAUCAAACGAAAGAAUGAAUGCAGUCUUCAGAUUCCUGGAUACCCCAAACAACCUAUUACAGAAGUGGUGCUGCUGCUUAAGUUAGGAGAUGCGCCCUUUUGCCCCAAUGUCAUACAGAUGUAUGACUGGUACGAGACUAAACACUGUUACAUGCUCGUGUUGGAGUACCCACUGCACAGCGAAUCCUUGUUGAAAUUUGUUCUUCGGGAAGAAAAACUAAGUGAAAAUACAGCAAGACAUCUCAUGCGUCAGGCAGUACUGGCAGUGCAACACUGUCUGGAUAAUGGAGUUUUCCAUAGCGACAUCAAACCCGGAAACUUCUUGGUACAAGAGUCAACAAUGACACUGAAGUUAAUUGACUUUGGGGUUGGAUAUACUCUGUCGCAUGACGCCUAUAAUUCCUAUGAUUCCUAUUACUUUAUGGGAGCUCCAUGUCGCACACCUCUUGAGAUCGAAACGGCUAAGAAAUUGGACAUCGUGCCAGCAAGCGUCAGGGACUUAGCUACUGUGCUGUACUUCAUGGUGGUUGGAUGUUUUCCCAGUCUUUUAGACGACUUUAAUUCCGGGUAUCUGAAUACAACUGAGAAGGAUUUAUCAAAGGAAAUCUGCGAUCUGUUAAGAUGGUGCCUGGCUCUGAAUCCAAGUGAUCGUCCGACGCUCAAGCAGAUCUUAGAUCAUGAUUGGUUUAAAACUGAGUCUGACGAAGAAGAGAUACUCGUAUACUAAAUGAGGUAACAGACCAAGGCACUAUCCACACAAAUAUAAAAAGGAUGAAGCUGAAUGACUGAAGGAGAGGGGAAUGAUUGGAGAUGCUGUUUUCAUCAUCCUGAGACAUAUGGAGUUUGAAGGAGGUUUUAUUUCAGCCUCAGACUUCAUGAACACAGACCGCUGGCUGAACGUCUGAUGCAGAUCCUGUCUCAUCCUUGAACACAUUAAAAAAUUUUUUUUUAAUUCUUAAUGUUUUUAUAUUUUAAAGUUGUAUAAUAUAGUUUCUAAUAUAUAGUAAGUCCUCUAUAGAAUCAGCUAUGUCUGGCUCUCUCUUUAGGGUUUUUUUUUGUCCUAGGAGUUUAGAGAGUCAGGUUUAACUUAGAUCUCUCUUCUAUACAUUACAUUAUCACAACGCUCGCUAGUUUAGUUUAAUCUGUACUUUGCAACUUUUGUUGUCCCUUGAUUUUUCUGUUUUUUUUUUUAUUAAUGUAAAGCUGCUUUGAAAUAAUUAAACAAUUCUGAAAAGUGCUACAGUAUAUAAAUGUAAUUGAAUUGAAUAUGGAAGACUUUUCUUUAGCAGAUGUUUUAAUUUGCUUUUUUACAUUUUUUUAUUUGAUCAAACUGAUUUACUUGGGUUGCUUGUGUAAAUGUUUUUCAUAUGCAAUAUCAAACCUUUGACCUUGGUAUAAAAUACUGGGAGUUAACGUAGUACAUCCAAUCAGACACAAUGUUAAACCUGAUGCUGUUUUAACCCAAAUAAAUUAGUACACUUGACCUUAACCAUAAAAUAUACUCUUCAUUACUUUGUGUUUUAGUUUAAUUUGCAUGAUUUCUCUCAAUCAUCAAGACAUUUUGAUUAACUUAUUUAAUUUGUUCCCACAGCAAAUUUAGAGUCUCUGUGUCUAACCCGCUAGCGCCACCAACAGUUGCACUUAUGUUUUUGCUUAUAACUUCUGAUCCGUAAGUCCUAGAAACAAAAUUCUUGCUGAUUCCUUGGCUCAAGACGAUUCGAUUGGACCCUAUGACGUCAGUUUCCGUCAUGAAAAUUUUUCCGGCAUUUUGAAUUAUUUGAAAAACAUACUUUUUCGAACUCGUCCUAGAGCUUUUGCCGGAUUUCUACGAAAAUUGGUAAAGAAUUUCAAUA